AUGAGUGGAACGUCGGCAGGCCCGAUCCUGCCCGUAGUCAACAUUGAUGUAAACUAUGACGAGCAGCGUGAGAAGAUUGCCGACUUUUUGGAGCACUUCAAAGCGCCUGCACAGCAGGUUCCGCCCCUCUCGGAAGUCGGCGCGAUGGAUGCACACGGCCCGACCGCGAAUGCGCCUUCUGCACAGCUGGACCGACUGGAUACAGAGGACGGAAUGGAAGUCGAGGAUGUGUUUCAUUCCAGUCCGGCGCUGGCAGGCGAUAUAAUUGUGGAAAAGUACAUGGUCCAACUGCAGCGGAUUGCGAAUCGCGACCAAGAUAAGCUUACCAUUGAGCUUGACGAUAUAGUGCAGUUUCGGGGCGCCAACGGCGCGAGUGGUGCGUCGCUUGCGUACGCAAUCCGCGGGAAUGCGCGGCAGUAUUUGAACCUGUUUUACGAGGUCGUUGAUAAGCUCAUGCCGAGCCCGGACCGCGAUAUUAGCGACAAAGACGAUGUGUUGGACGUGAUUCGACACCAGCGACUGGAGCGCAACGUGGUGAACGAAGAGCAUGACGAGAAUGCCGGCGAGGUGCCCGACAUAUUUCCGACCAGCCUCUUACGGCGCUACAUGGUUUUCCUGAAGCCGCUCUCGAGCGACACACCUCUUGCCGUGCGCAACAUCCGCGGUGCACAGAUCGGCAAGCUGCUGAGCGUGCGUGGCAUUGUGACCCGCAUAUCCGACGUGAAACCCAAUAUUCAAGUCGAUGCGUAUGCGUGUGAUGUGUGCGGCGCCGAAGUGUUCCAGGAGGUGACUGGCCGCCAGUUUAUGCCGCUCAACUUUUGCACGAGCCGGGUGUGUGUGACGAACAAGAUCCGUGCGCCGCUGUAUCCCCAAGCGCGUGCGAGCAAAUUUGUCGCAUUCCAAGACGUGCGGAUCCAGGAAAUGACCGACCAAGUCCCGGUCGGGCAUAUCCCGCGCACAAUGACGAUCCACUUGUACGGGCGCCUUACGCGGUCCAUGACGCCGGGCGACAUUGUCGAUAUUGGCGGAAUCUUUUUGCCGGUGCCAUUCACAGGCUUCCGCGCGAUCCGUGCGGGGCUGCUGACGGAUACGUAUUUGGACGCGCAGUGCGUAAAGCAGCUGAAAAAGUCGUACCAAAACCUGGUCCUCACGCCCGAGGACCAGCUAGAGAUUGAGAUGCUGCGUUCGGACCCUGCAUUGUACUCGCGCCUUGCCGCGAGCAUUGCGCCGGAGAUUUACGGGCACGAGGACGUAAAAAAGACGCUCCUGCUCCUGCUGGUCGGUGGCUGUAGCAAGGCCAUGGGCGACGGCCUCAAGAUCCGUGGCGACUUGAACGUGUGUUUGAUGGGCGAUCCGGGUGUGGCCAAGUCGCAAAUGCUCAAGUACAUUGCCAAAGUCGCUCCGCGCGGCCUCUACACUACCGGACGCGGUUCUUCCAGCGCCGGUCUCACUGCCGCAGUUCUGCGCGAUCCUGUGACGAACGAAAUGGUACUGGAAGGCGGUGCUUUGGUCCUUGCCGACAAUGGGAUUGCGUGCAUUGACGAGUUUGACAAGAUGGACGAGGCGGACCGCACCGCGAUCCACGAAGUCAUGGAGCAGCAGACCAUUUCCAUCAGCAAGGCGGGGAUUAACACGACACUCAAUGCACGCACCUCCAUCCUUGCCGCAGCAAACCCCUUGUAUGGGCAGUACAACCCGCGCAUUUCUCCUGUGGACAAUAUCAAUUUGCCCGCUGCGCUGCUCUCUCGUUUCGACAUUCUUUACCUCAUUCUUGACAAACCGUCGCGCGACACGGACGAAAUGCUUGCGCAGCACAUUACCUACGUGCACAUGUUUAACCAAGCGCCGCCGCAAGACCACGACGUGAUUCCUUCGCAAGUUUUGCGCCACUUUAUUGCUGCUGCUCGGCAGCACCGGCCCGUCAUUCCAGCGACUGUGUCGGACUAUAUCGUGAGUGCGUAUGUGCAGCUCCGCGCACAACACAAGCUCGACGAGGAGCGCGAAUCUGCGUUUACCUACACGUCGGCACGCACGCUCCUUGGCGUCAUUCGUCUUGCACAGGCGCUUGCGCGGCUUCGUUUUGCCUCCGAGGUGGAGAAUGGCGACGUGGAAGAGGCACUGCGUCUUAUGGAUGUGAGCAAAGCCUCACUCUACACACACAACCGCCGUGGCGAUCUUGGCGACGAUCAGACGCCCGUGUCGAAAAUUUUUCGUAUCCUGCGCGAAAUGGCCGCACAAGCGGGGGCAGAAGAAACGCUCGGACGCCGGCACGGCGGCGCGGCUGGUGCGCUGGGCGAGGUCACUAUGCGCGAUUUCCGCGAGCGUGUGCUGCACGGUGGAUUUGUCGAAGACCAGCUGCAAGAGACGCUGCAGGAGUAUGCAAGUCUCGGCGUGAUCCAGCUUGUGGGAAAUAGUAUCCUGUUUCUGUAG